AUGAGGUUGCACGGUCGCCCUCGGAGCCGCGUUAGGCCGCCUCGCAGACUUUUGAGUGGAGUUCCGGCCGGCACUGCCCGUGCAAGUGACCCCCAAGCGGCUGAACAGCCCUUGAAGGGUGGAAUAUUCCAAAUCAUAACCAGCGAUCCAUUCGGUCAGGAUCGUCAGUGCAAAUUCUGUCGUUCUCAUUACAUCUGUAUGCGUCAAGAUAUAUCCCUGGGCCUGUCCUAUUUUGCCAGCUCCGACACCGUUCCCCCUAUACCUUUACACUCGCACGUGAUUCAGCUUGCGCUGUUUGUGCGUGCUUCAUUGCCUGGAGUUUGUCUCAAAGAAAUGCUUCCCUCCACCCUGUUGCGCGUGCGCCUGUCGUGGUGCACAUCACCAACAAGUCGCAACGCUCACAUGCCCAGGUCCAAAACAAGGCUGCAGCCUCGUCAGCAUCAUCUCAAUAAGUUCCAAGCGCCCAAGCUUCUGGCCCAUCUUGACCCGUGUUGCAUCUCUGUACAUGGCCCGAUCAGCGUCAAGACGCUCAGCCCGAUCGAGUCUUCGACGGGGCUCAGUCACUCCGCUCUCCAUCCUCCACUCCGCCUGGCGCUGGCGUCGCUCGUCCAGCCGUGCCUGCUCGCGCUCGUGUCGGCGUGCCGCAGCCUCGCGCUGGGCUUCGAUGUUGCGCCGACGGGUGCAUCGGUUGCACUCGGUGUGGUAGUCGAGAAAGCGCCCGCCGUCCUGGGCCGCCCUGCACCAGACCGCUUCACGCUGCGAGGAUAUCUGGCGCAGGCAGGUCGGGCAUUGCCUGUGCGUGACUCGCAUUUGGCACAUUGUUUUGCUGAGGUUGCUGGCUACGGCUUGCGCAGGACUGGUCCGGUGCCGAUUCUCGAUGUUGAUGGCUUUCGUGUCAAGUAUCGCAGAUCGACCUGUUUCUUGAUGGAUGGACUCGCUGAUGCUGGAGGCGAUUACCUGGAGCAGGAGAUUUGUGCCUCCUGA